AUGGUUACUUUAUCGAUCGAACAACAAAAAAAACUUCGAGAUAUUGCCAAAGAACGUAAAGAAGAAAAUUUAAGGUUGGCAUUAGAAAUGGAAGUACCAAUUGAACAGGUAGAAUUAUUUCUCGGUAGGGCAACGGUUCAACGUAUAGAGAAAUCCCGUGAAAUUUCUGGUUUUGAUUUAUUUAAAAAAGAUUGGUAUAAAGCGAACCCGGGAAAUAACCCUUUAAGGUCAAACCAUUUGGUAUCGGCGGCUUGGAAAGAAGUUUCUUCUCAACAAAAACAAGGUUAUCAUGAUUUGGCCAUUAAACAUAAUUCAAAACCUCCUACAUUAAAUCCCUCCGCAAGUACCAGAACAAAUGAACGAAGAGGAUAUAUGAAUGAUAUGAAAAGAUUAGCUGAUAUGUUAUCUUUAAAAUGCGGUGUUGAAACUUUUAUUGUACUAUCUUCUAGAAUUCCUGGUGAAAAUUUUGGUGAAGUUACAGGAUCUGAUAAGGGUCUCUUGGCCGCUGAAGAUUUACGUUGGACUCAAUCAUCCCUAGAAUUUGGUAUGAAAAUUCAAUAUAAUAUAAACAAUGAAGAAUCACAUAUACAGACUAGGCCUAUUAAAAAACAUAAGAGAAAUAUGAAUGAGGGAAGACAAUUUAUUGCUCAUCGCAUGAAAGAACUAUAUAGAGAAGUAGUUGGUUAUGGUGUUGUACCUUAUUCAAAUUGGGAAACUGAAAAAUAUAAAUUUGGAAUUGAUAUCGUUGGAUGGCCCGAAGGGAUACCUUUUACUGCUCACGCCUUUAAGCGUGAGCAAAUGCAAGAAAUAAUUAAUAAUUUAGAACAAAAGAAAAUCAAAUUUAUUAGUACGAAGGAUAUUAGAGAUACUCCUCCUGACAUAGAUAACAAUGAUCAUUUUAGAACCGAUUUAUCAUUAUCUGAAUUAGACCUCAUGAACCAGUAG